GCUACUCGUUCGCAGCGCAGGUGUUAGUUUCCCUAUAGCGGCGGUAGGUGUGAAUGGAAACUGGCGGACUCUGGAGUUUGAGGGGCUCAUAGGUGGAAUCGCAGAAGGCGGAGCCUGGACCAGUCCGGCUGGGAAGCUAGGCGAGUGACCGCGUGCGGCCAGGGCUCGUGAGUGGAUGAGAGGACAAGAGGGAGAGACAGAGAAUUGUAACUUUUAACUUCCUGACCACAGGACAGACCACUGUGGUGUUGGGACAGGUAGUGAUAAAGCAAUAGCGAAGCUCUAGAAAGGAAGAAUUCUUUUCAGGGAGGGGUAGGAAUUUUCGGGAAGGAGCCAUUUGUUUGUGCAGAGUUUUGGGAGACGAGCCGCCUACAGGAACCUCGCGUCUUCUCUCUCGGUUUCUCCCGGGAAGACGCGCGCUCCCCCUCGCCUCAGAGUCCCCGCGGCACCCGCGCCUGCGCGCGGCCGCGCCCUUCCUCUUAAGCCCGCCUCUUCCGGUCAACUCUUGGGGGGCGUGGCGGUCCUGGCAAAAUGGCGGCGCCCGACAAGAUGUUGUUUCCUGAGAUACUAAGCCACAAAAAGUACAGGGCCGCCCUGAAGAAGGCGAAACGAAAGAAACGACGGCAAGAACUGGCUCGAUUGAGGGACUCAGGACUCUCACAGAAGGAGGAGGAGGAUGCUUUUAUUGAAGAACAACACCUAGAAGAAGAGAAGCUGUUGGAGAUAGAAAGGCAAAAAUUACAUGAGGCGUGGUUGCUUCGGGAGCAGAAAGCACAAGAAGAAUUCAGAAGAAGGAAGGAAAAGGAAGAGGCAGCUAGAAAGCGGCAAGAAGAACAAGAGAGAAAGUUAAAGGAAGAAUGGGAAGAGCAGCAAAGAAGAGAGAGAGAAGAGGAGGAACAGAAGCUACAGGAGAAGAGAGAACGAGAGGAAGCUGUGCAGAAGAUGCUGGAGCAGGCUGAAAAUGAGUUGGAAAAUGGUGCCACAUGGCAAAACCCAGAGCCACCCAUGGACUUAAGGAUAAUGGAGAAAGAUCGAGCUAAUUGUCCAUUCUACAGUAAAACAGGAGCGUGCAGAUUUGGAGAUAGGUGUUCACGUAAACACAAUUUCCCAUCCUCGAGCCCCACCCUCCUUAUUAAAAGCAUGUUCACAACAUUUGGGAUGGAGCAGUGCAGAAGGGAUGACUAUGACCCGGAUGCCAGCCUCGAGUACAGUGAAGAGGAAACCUACCAGCAGUUCCUGGACUUCUAUGAUGACGUGCUUCCCGAGUUCAAGAACGUGGGGAAGGUGAUCCAGUUCAAGGUCAGCUGCAACUUGGAACCUCAUCUGAGGGGCAAUGUGUAUGUUCAGUAUCAAUCGGAAGAAGAAUGCCAAGCAGCCCUUUCCCUGUUUAACGGACGAUGGUAUGCAGGACGGCAGCUUCAGUGCGAAUUCUGCCCAGUGACCCGAUGGAAAAUGGCAAUUUGUGGUUUGUUUGAGAUACAACAGUGCCCUCGAGGAAAACACUGCAACUUCCUGCACGUGUUCAGAAAUCCCAACAAUGAGUUUUGGGAAGCUAACCGAGACAUCUACCUGUCUCCCGAGCAGACGGGCUCGUCCUUGGGUAAGGGCUCGGAGAGGAGAGAGAGGACGGGCCGCCACGAGGAGUACCAUGGGAGGCCCAGGCGGAGACGAAGCCCUAGUCCGUCCCACUCCUACAAGAGAAAUGGGGAAGCGGCGAGGAAAAGGAGAAGCGGUCACCGGGGGAGGAAGUCUCACAGACACAUGUCCGGGAGCCGCGAGAGGCACAGUUCCCGAAGCAGAGGAAGGAAAAGGGACCGCAGCCGCGGCCGGGGCAGCCGGAGCCAGAGCUCCUCUAGGUCCAGGAGUCGCGGCAGGAGGAGGUCAGGCAGCAGAGACCGAACUCUCCAGAGCCCCAAAUGCAAAUAAACGUACUUUGUUCUUCACGGACUGCAGAUCUUAUUUAUGAUGACGGCUGCUUCCUACCUGCGUAGUCGUAGAGGGCUCUGAGCUCCAUGGGUUAGCAAGCCAGCCAGAGCCUAUUUAAAAAUGCUUUUUAUUCUCUAAAAAUCAGUGUGUUUAGUGUAGAAACCUAGAAAGCCUAAAAUGUACAGAUAACAUGGAAAUCACCUGUAAUCCUAGCCCCUAGUGAGAAUGUUAACACGGAGCAGUGCUUAGGUCUUUUUCCUUCCUCUUCUGCGUCUGUACAUGUGUUUUUCUUUUGAACACGGAGCUCAUAUAUGGCUGCAGUUGAAAGUGCUUUUUUCCUCUCCGCCAAACCUAUUUCAUCAAGCUGCUUUUUCUCACUGCGCAGCGUGGACCUGUCCAUUUAUUCAACCAUGUCCCUAUUGUUGGAUUUUAAAUUAUCUUUAAUUUUGCACUAUUAAAGAAUCCAGUGCUACAAACA